UUCGAACGCGGACUCAAUAUCUUGCCAAUUGACGGCACCUUAUCUGCCUGCACACCACUGCAUCCCUCCAGGUCUCAGCCACCAAGUGAAUGCAAGCGCUAUUGGCAGCCAUGGCGGCCCACACCAUAAUCGCAGCUUCUCCUCCUCAACCUCUCCUUUCUUCCUUCUCAAACCCUAGCCUUUCUCUCCAAUCUUCCUUCGUUGGUCUCUCCAUCAAAUUCCCUCGCCAAUCCCUCAAGUUCGCCGUUGCAUCGAAGCCCCUCACAGUAGUCGCUGAGACGAAGAAAGCCGUGGCUGUCCUCAAGGGCAAUUCCCAAGUCGAGGGUGUUGUCAGCUUGACCCAAGAAGACAAUGGCCCGACGACUGUAAAUGUCCGUGUUACCGGACUUACUCCUGGACCUCACGGCUUCCACCUUCAUGAGUAUGGUGAUACGACGAAUGGGUGCAUAUCUACAGGGGCACAUUUUAACCCAAACAAAAUGACACAUGGUGCUCCUGAGGACGAAAUCCGUCAUGCGGGUGACCUGGGAAACAUAGUUGCUAAUGCCGAUGGUGUGGCCGAGGCAACAAUCGUUGAUAACCAGAUACCACUGAGUGGACCCAAUGCCGUCAUUGGAAGAGCAUUUGUGGUUCAUGAACUAGAGGAUGACCUUGGAAAGGGUGGGCAUGAACUUAGCCUCACCACUGGCAAUGCAGGGGGAAGAUUGGCAUGUGGCGUGGUUGCUUUGACUCCAGUUCAGUGAUGACAAUGUGUGCAACUGUUGUUACUUGCUUCGUGCUUUUGCAUGGCUUGUUGUUGCUAUUGCUAGACGGCUACGGUCUCUAUGGAGGCAAGAAUGUGCAUUCCUAGUAGUAGAGGAGGAUGUUUCAACAUAGGAUUUGGGAGGGACAUGUUUGUUUGUAGGUACUCUCCCCCCCCAUGAAUUUGCUCUAUUGGAUUAUGAACGUUCAUUUGCUGUGAAAAUGGUGUUCCGCAACUAAUAAAACACUCAAUUCAAUUUAUAUGGAAACCAGAACUUCAUUUCUAUCGAA